AUGAAUGCAACUGAUGGAUUACUACUUGCAACAACAGAUACUGCCAAAGAACUGAAAACUGGGAUUCACAUGCAUGUUGCAGAGAUAGCAUAUGAGAAUCAAUUUGUGACAGAGACGCAAAAAGUUGACCAUGGCACAGUCAUACACUUGGAGAAGAUACAGUUUCUUCACGACAAUUUGCUAGCGGCUCAUACAGUUUGGGUCAACCCUGCUGAGACUGAUUGUCUUUCAAGGGAUGGGGUCAAAGUAUCUCACUGCCCUGCUGUUGCAAUGAGAAUGCUUGGAUUUUCACCUAUAAGAGAGAUGCUCGAUGCUAGCAUCUGUGUCUCUUUGGGAACAGAUGGGGCACCCUCAAAUAAUAGAAUGAGCAUAGUUGAUGAGAUGUACCUGGCUUCUCUGAUUAACAAAGGACGGGAAGUUCUCAAGCUAAAUGGCGACUUUAAACUCUGA